CCAUUGCCCCAUUGUAUCGGUAGGCUUUUCCACUUGCUUAUUGCUAUAAAAUGGCGAAACGAGAGAGAGAAAAAGAGAGAGGGAGAGAGGGAUUAGCUCCCAAAAUCAUAUCCACACAAUCCCAUACUCUAAAAGGUUAAUCUUUCAAAGCAGCCGCACACACACGUAAAGGUAGACAAUCCUUUCUUAUCAGUUAUCAUCCUUCUUCGCUACAUCAACUAUCGCCCAUAACCCGUUUGACAAAAUUCCCCAAAGAAAGCAAAAAGAUAAACACGGAAAGGGGAAAGACAAAAGCCAACGCAUUUUCUUUUCUUGAAGUAUGUUUUUGUGGGUGUGCGUAAGGACAUUGGGUAAAUGAGUUGUUGACGAGAAGAAUCCAGUGAACUACCAAUCAAAAAACUCCAUCAUAAUACAUCUUUUCUUCUUCUUCUUCUUCUUCUUCUUCUUUACCACGACUCUUCCAUCAUCAUCUCAAGCUAUCUUUUUGGAAUAUACCAUUAAAUUGUUUAUUGUGUAUUGGAAAUAAACCAUUGUUUACAUUUAUCCUUUCAUUUUUAGUUGUUGGGUUCACCUAACUCUUGGUACAAUCUCAACUACCCUGAUCUGUUUCUCCUAAUUUACAACUUUUGUACUUGAUUUCUAUCCAAAACUUUGUGUUUUCUUUCUCAAAGAUUUAUUGGAUGCGUUCAUCCUCUUUUAGAAUCUAAUCUGAUACACAUGCCCACUGAUAUUUCUGUCAGAAAACCCGUCUUAGAUCUGACGUUCUCUCUCUUGAUUGGCGAAAGAGGUAAGUCUUGACCUUUUCAUUCUCUCUCAUCUCCCUCUGUAAAUCCUCAAUCUUGAAACUUUCUUCUGGUUUAAGUUUUUAUAGAGAAGACGAAGCCCACAAGCUGGGUUUUGGGUGGGCUUCGUUUGAACAGAAACGAAAGAAAACCCCAUUAAUUUGGAAGGUGAGGGAUUUUGAAAUUCUUGAAGAAUAGAAACUGGUGCUUUGUUCUCCAUAUCUUCCGCCUUUUUUAAAAUGCUUUUUAUCUUCGUUACUUGCUUCUCUUUCAUCCUCUUUUUUAAAUACUCUCUUCCCAUCAAACCACUUCCUUCGAGGGCCUAUGAUAUGAGGUUACUCUCUUUCCAUCACUGGAAAGAUUUGUACACCCUUUUCCCAUCUAUUAAGCUCUUGAAGAAGACCCUCUUGUUUAUGUUUUCAGCAAAGGGUAUUAUCAAAAAGAAUAAUAUCACAAGAAACUCCGAAAAUAUGACAACAUCAGAGGCGGAUGAGAAUGAGAAUGAGAUGUCUGUGUUGGAUUUGCCUAAUUUGGCAUUGGAAUGCAUACUUGAAAAGCUUGAACCCGAUGGGCUUUGUAAAAUGGCUUGUGUUUGUAGCUAUUUAAGAGAUAUGUGUUUGAGUGAUCACCUUUGGGAAGAUCAUAUGAAGAAAAGAUGGGGUAGAGUGAUUGGUGACGUGGCUUACAAAGAAUGGCAAUCGCAUAUUGCUUCUAAAAAGCAAUCGAAUUACUUUCUUGAUGGUGAAAAUCGAAGAGGGUUAUUGGGUUAUUUGUGUAAACUUUGGCCUGUUAUUUUACUUAAAUCUAGCUCUAUUACUUAUGGUGAUAGCAAGAAAAUAAAGCUUUCUUCUCAACCUCCCAUUGAUUCCAUAGUUUCAUGCUAUCGUGCGCUUCAGACUGGAAAGUUUUGGUUCCCUGCUCAGGUCUUCAAUCGUGAGAAUGGGCAUGUUGGGUUCAUGCUAUCUUGCUAUGAUGCUGACCUUAGUUAUGAUUCUCAUACAGAUACAUUCCAGGCUAGAUACCCACCUCAUGGGAGGAGGGCAGCAGCAAUAGAGACAGGUGUCACAUGGGAUAGGCUGCGGGCCCCACCUGUUGAUAAUUCACCUCAUGAUCUUCAUAUUUCAGAUUGUUUGAUUGAUUUACGCCCAAAAGAUCACAUUGAGAUUCAAUGGAGAAGGAACAAACAGUUUCCUUAUGGUUGGUGGUAUGGUGUUGUAGGCCACUUAGAAGCAUGUGAUGGUAAUCACACUUAUUGCCAUUGCCAUGAAAAUGAUACUGUGGUGUUGGAGUUCAAUCAAUAUGCUCCUGGAUCACGAUGGAGACAUACGAUGAUAAACAGGAAAGAGCAUCGUGAGGAAGGAAACGAGGCAGAUGGGUUUUAUGGAGGAAUCAGAAAACUAAAUCGUAAAGAUGAGAUUUCAAUGUGGGAACAAUUUUGGCCUGCUGAAAUCUUGGAAUAAUAAUAGAAAAUCUCAUUUAUAAAUGUAUAACUCUCAAGUAGGAAGUUACUUGUAGGUUACUUUUUAAUAUACCCCUCCGUUUUAGAAUUAGAGAUUAAAUUACAGUUUUA